AUGGAUACUUUGCAUCUGCUGCACAUUUUGAGUAAAAGAGUUCACGAUAUUGGGCAUGGAGUUAUGCUUUGCAAACAAGAUGACAUCGAGUCCAGGACUCUGGUCUGCUUCUUGGACAGGAGAGGCAUUUUUCAUCAUGGCUUUGGCUACAAGAGCAGUGGAACCAUUCGAGUGGUCUGUUGGGAGGAAGAAAUGAAAAAGCUCCGCUCCGUUGCCGAGGGAUCAUUUUUGAUUGCUUUCACGGGGAUAAGAACAUGGAAGCAGUUUGACGCUGAGAAUUUUCAAAGCGGGGACUUCCUCUUCAAAGAUUGGUUUGACGACGAGAAAAAGCGAGCCGUUGAGGAAGAGUUGCGAUGGGUCAUCAAGAAAGAGGAAAUGAUUUGUGAUGCCGUGGAUCGCUUAGCUCGGCUUAACAGCGAGGAAAUGGAAAAGGCCUUGGAAGCUAUCAAGGAAAUCCGACCGAACUCAUGA